AUGGUUAUGAGAAGAGGUGAUAAGCGAAAUUAGUCAGACUAAAAAGUAUGGGCUACUUUUGGUUUCCUUGGUUUUCUGCAAUUUUUGUGGCGGUUUUCAGCUACUACAUUUGGCAAUGGACGUUUUGGCGACGACGUGGUGUUGUUGGACCAAUGGGUUUUCCUGUUUUAGGAGUGUUUCUCAACAGUUUGGAUAAUAAUUUUCCAUUCCCGCUACAGUGUAGGGAAUGGACCAAGAAAUUCGGAAAAAUCUAUGGCUUUACCGAAGGGACAUUGAAAACAUUGGUAAUCUCGGAUCCAGAAUUGGUGCAUGAAGUAUUUGUUACACAAUACGACAAUUUUUACGGGAGAAAACGGAAUCCUAUUCAAGGAGACUCUGAAAAAGAAAAAAGAACUAAUUUGUUUGCUGCGCAAGGUUUUCGAUGGAAGAGAUUGCGAGCAAUUUCGAGCCCGACUUUUUCAAACAGUAGUCUGAGAAAACUUUACCAAACUGUUGAAGAUAGCGCAUUGGAGUUGUUGAGGCAUAUUGAAAAGCAGUCAGCCGGAGGAAAGCAAAUUGAUAUGUUGAAGUUCUACCAAGAGUUCACACUAGACGUCAUUGGUCGAAUUGCAAUGGGUCAAACUGAUUCUCAAAUGUUCAAAAAUCCAAUUAUGCCUAUUGUUUCAAAGUUAUUCCAAGGAAAUUUCGCUAAAUUGUUUCUGAUUGGUGGAAUAUUUCCAACGUUUCUUGUUGAGAUAAUUCGACAAAUUCUUCUGAAAAACUUGAAAGUCGGAUCUUUUCGAAAAAUAAAUGAGAUCACAUUAGAUGCUAUACAUAACAGAAUAAAACAAAGAGAAGAAGAUCAGAAAAAUGGGAUUGAAAUUGGAGAACCAGCUGAUUUUAUUGAUCUAUUUUUGGAUGCUAAAGCUGAAGACGUUGAGCAUUUCGGAGAAAAUAAUGGAGAUUUUUCAAAAAGUACAACCUACACAAAUCGCCAGCUUACAACAGAAGAAAUUGUUGGACAGUGUACAGUUUUUCUUAUUGCUGGAUUUGAUACAACCGCCUUAUCUCUUUCAUAUGCCACGUAUCUCCUGGCAACUCAUCCAGAGAUUCAGAAGAAAUUACAAGAAGAAGUGAACAGAGAAUGUCCAAAUCCUGAAGUUACUAUUGAUCAGCUAUCAAAAUUAAAGUACAUGGAAUGUGUAUUCAAAGAAGCUCUCAGAUUGUAUCCACUUGGAGCGUUUGCCAACUCAAGACGAUGUAUGAGAAAUACUAAACUUGGUAAUAUGAAAGUAGAAGUUGGAACCAUGAUUCAGGUUGAUACUUGGACACUUCAUACUGAUCCAAACAUUUGGGGAGAUGAUGCUGAAGAUUUUAAACCCGAGAGAUGGCAAACUCCAAAUUCUGAUCAAAUUUACCAAAAGAGCGGAUAUAUUCCAUUUGGAUUAGGACCCCGUCAGUGUAUUGGAAUGCGUUUGGCUUAUAUGGAGGAGAAAAUUCUGUUGGUUCAUAUUCUCAGAAAAUUCACAUUUGAAACUGGCGCCAAAACAGAAAUCCCGUUGAAACUAAUUGGAAGAGCCACCACUCAACCGGAAAGUGUUUGGAUGCAUUUGAAUCCAAGAAACUAAUUCUUUUGGUUUUACCUCUAAAAGGUAUGAUUGUGAAAAUAGUGUGUCCAAAAAUCGUGUACAUAUUGCAGCUGUCUGCAAACGUGUACAGCUAAUUGAUUAUUCAAUUUUCAGCUGCAAACAUGAUAUUUAUUGUUACGCUGAAUAAAUUUUAUAUAGAAGUU